GCCCUUGUCCCUCCCUCCCGAAUAAUCUCCCCCCACGGACCCGACCAAAAAACCCCACCUGAAAGAAACCUCCCCGCCGCCUAAGCAAAAUCCUUCCCUUCUCUCGGCUCCCGAUCUCGUCGUCCUCCGUCGCCGCCAGCGAAUCCACCCUGCGAUAAGGAAGGGGGACGACGCCGUCUUGCGAUCAGAGCUUUCCGAGAUCUCCCGCGCCUUCUCUUCUUCCCCUUUCGAGUCUCUUUGAUUGAAUCGUCUGCUGCGUGUGUCGAUCUUGAAAAAAAAAAGAAUCUAUUUGAUUUCCUAGUUGAAUUGUUAGCCUCGCUUUAGUUUCCAGUUCUUUGGUACUAGAUAGAAUCGUUGCGGUAGGAUACCCUAGCGUGAAUCCUGUUUCUUGCUCGUGGUGGUAGUAGUAGUUGCGGUGUGCGUUAUUUCCUUGUUCGUGUUGCUUCUAGUGAAAGUUCGAACCCAUGGAUGCAGAAUCCAAUUCCAUCUCGUCGCAGAGGAGCGGCAACCGGCGCGCGGCGCCGCCGCGGCCGGCGCUCCAGGAGGCCGGGUCCAGGCCGUACAUGCCGCCACUCAGCUCGGGUCCCCGCAACCCGUCGGCCAAGUGCUACGGCGACAGAUUCAUCCCGGAGCGGUCGGCGAUGGACAUGGACUUGGCGCAUUACUUGCUGACGGAGCCGAGGAAAGACAAGGAGAACCCGGCGGCGGCGUCCCCGGGCAAGGAGGCGUACCGGAAGCUGCUGGCCGAGAAGCUGCUCAACAACCGCACCAGGAUCCUCGCCUUCCGGAACAAGCCGCCGGAACCUGAGAACAUGCUCACGGAUCUCCGUUCUGAUGCGGUCCAAGCCAAGCCGGCAAAGCAGCGCCGACACAUUCCCCAGUCUUCAGAGAGGACUCUGGAUGCUCCGGACCUCGCUGACGAUUACUACCUCAACCUGCUAGACUGGGGAAGCAGCAAUGUGCUGUCCAUUGCGCUGGGCAGCACGGUGUACCUCUGGGAUGCCUCCAGUGGAUCUACGUCAGAGCUUGUUACCGUUGAUGAUGACUAUGGUCCCGUCACAAGCGUUAGCUGGGCUCCUGAUGGCCGGCACAUCGCCGUAGGCCUAAACUCCUCUGAUGUCCAGCUUUGGGACACCACCUCGAACCGACUGCUGAGGACAUUACGAGGUGUGCAUGAAUUGAGGGUCGGUUCUCUGGCAUGGAAUAACAGCAUCCUGACAACUGGUGGCAUGGACGGCAAGAUCGUGAACAAUGAUGUGAGGAUCAGGAACAAUGUUGUGCAGACAUAUCAUGGGCAUGAGCAGGAGGUGUGUGGGCUCAAAUGGUCAGGAUCAGGGCAGCAACUGGCCAGUGGUGGAAAUGACAACCUUCUACACAUCUGGGAUGUGUCCAUGUCAUCCUCUGUACAGUCUGCUGGGCGUACGCAGUGGUUGCACAGGCUUCAGGAUCACUUGGCUGCCGUGAAGGCACUGGCAUGGUGCCCAUUCCAGAGCAACCUGCUGGCUUCUGGCGGUGGUGGGGGUGAUCGCUGCAUCAAGUUCUGGAACACCCACACUGGUGCAUGCCUCAACUCAGUUGACACUGGAUCGCAAGUGUGCGCGCUGCUCUGGAACAAGAAUGAGAGGGAGCUGCUGAGCUCACACGGGUUCACAAAGAAUCAGCUCACUUUGUGGAAGUACCCGUUGAUGGUUAAGAUGGCCGAACUCAAUGGCCAUACCUCCCGCGUCCUAUUCAUGGCUCAGAGCCCUGAUGGAUGCACUGUGGCAUCUGCUGCAGCAGAUGAGACAUUGCGGUUCUGGAAUGUGUUUGGAACUCCUGAAGCGGCGCCUAAGGCUGCGGCCAAGGCUUCCCACACCGGGAUCUUCAACAGUUUCAACCACAUCCGAUGAAGAAAUGACAUCAUUGUUCUAAAGAGACCUUUCUAGAGCCUCCAGACCUGUCGAUAGGAAUGUGCCCUUUAACAUCACCACCAAAACACCAUCGAGCUGAUGUUCCACAAAAGAGAUCAUCAUAUACUAUAGCAAUAAUCUUGUGUUGACAUGUGUACAUCUGUUGACUAUUUUGGGUUUCUAGCGUUGUAAUCAGAUUUAAAUUACAUUUUUCCUUUUUUUUAUAUCAAUUACAUUUUUCCUUGAUAUGCUGGUAACACUGGUUGCUGGUCCAUAAUACUGUACGUUCCUUGAUAUGCUGGUAACACUGGUUGCUGGUCCAUAAUACUGUACGUUGCUGAUCCAUAAUAUUGUACAUAAAGUUUUGAUAUAAAAAGCUUAUAUAAUA